AUGAGACUCGCCCACCUCCACCUCCCAAGCACAACGCCCUUCGCACGGAAACGCUCCAAGCAUGCGCAAACGAUCUCGCCAAAAAGGCAACCCCUCCCCCACCUGAUCCAACAAUCAUCACCUUCUCCCCAAAUUCAGUUUACACAACCGGCCGCCGCGACCUCCCACCCUCAAAUACGACAUGCAGCCAACCCCCCCGAUCUCAAGAAUCUCUCCUUACCCAGCGCUCUUGAACCAAUUCGUUCGAUCCUCUCACUGGGUCCGGAUGGUCAGCCUCCAAGGGCCGAGUAUCACCCCACCCUCCGCGGUGGUCAGACUACAUACCAUGGACCGGGCCAAAUGGUCGCAUACACGAUUCUGGAUCUGAAACGACUCGGUCUAACGCCGAGGUGUCAUAUCCGUGUGUUAGAGAAUAGUGUGAUUGAUCUGUUAAAGCGGUACGGCGUGAAUGGGUUCGUGACAGAGGACCCGGGCGUGUGGGUAAAGAAGAACAGCGGCAACACUGAUUCCGCGGCGAGAAAAAUCACAGCCGUGGGCGUCCACUUACGGCGGAACAUCAGCAGUUUUGGCGUCGGGUUGAAUGUCACGCAGGAGCCUAUGUGGUUUUUCAAGCAGAUUGUUGCGUGUGGGCUGGAAGGGAAAGAAGCCACUAGUCUCGAGGGUGUUGGUGUUACUGGUGUGAGUGUUGAUGAGGUUGCGCAGGGAUUCGUGGAGGGCUUUGUUAGUAGGGUUAAUCGGGAUUUUGCUUGUGGGGAGGGUGCGUCGGGUGAGAAGAUUGAGGAGGUUUAUAUGGUUAAUGAGGAGGAUCUCUUGAGAGAGGUUAACUACUAA